CCCACUGCCUCAAAACCGCUCCAGUCUCGGGCCCGGGCGCUUCACCAUGGCACACCAGCGGUGGGCGUGGGCGGUUGUGUUUUGCGCUGCCCUUUAGCGCCUUCUGGCUGGGCACAUUCUGGCUGGGCACAAGGUGGUCUUAAUCUGGAGUCCGCAGCUCGGUGCUUGCGGGCCUUCAUGGGCGGCCAAAAGCACUGAUGCGCUGGAGGUGGAGGAGGUUCAGAAUCACGCAGAGUCGAAGACCUAGGUGCAGGUGACCGCGACCGCCAGCAGCUGCUGCAGCGAUUGGCCAGCCUCGGUGUGCACGAAGACGGCUGAGCCGAGCUUCGUUGGAGCACGGGGAUUGGUGGUGGCAGCGGUGAUGGGCAUGCGUCAUGUGCACAUCCUGGGCUCCGGUAAUAGGGGAUGGUAAAGGACCCCCCAAAUAGAUAGAAAACAACAAUAAGUCUCACUAAAACUGUUUUCGAAACGGUGGCACUACCUACUUGAGGACCGCUACAGUAAGUAAAGUUUGAAGAUGGUUUAAGUUUUGUUUUGGCCUUCUGAAGAGGUUCGAGAGGUUCUUGUUGCCUUCGCAAGAGGUCAAGUCCGGGAUUCGGCAAUGGUGAUGUCCGAGGCAGGUGCUGCAGGUUUGGUUUGCGGGGUUUGGGGCCAAAUAUUUGAGGUUGAAGACUUGGGACUCUACUUCUCCACUCACAUGUUGUAUCCAUGCUGGUGGGUGUUUCCGAUCAAGUUGAUUUGGAGCAUCAGAAUGAAAGGUGAAGAUGUUCGUUUUGCAAAGCCUGGGAUCAUUCCAUUCCUGAAGAUUCCAAAUCCACUUUCCGGCACAUAUUACCCCCAAGUUCCGCAACAAAACAUUCCUUGUUUUGCUGCAAUAGGCAAUAGACCCUGCUGGAAAUCACAAGGCCAUUUGCUGGGAUCCUGGAUGCAUGUCAGGCACCGAUCCUGGCUCUUCGGCUCUUCGUGCAACACGAGUCCACUUGUUCUUGAUCAGCUUUUCUUCACCCCCCAGAACUGAUUCUUGUUUCGGGGUCGAAAACACCAUUGGCUUGAGUGGUGUUGCCACCCUGAGAGAACUGUCGGGCCGGGGGGGAACCCCGGCACGCUUUCGGAUCCCGAGGGCGACGCCCUGCAAGACUUCCGCGGAGCCCCGUUCGUAGGGUCCUUGCUCCUAGUACGACAGAUCGGAAGUCGUUCAGGUGGACUUCAGACAUCGCCGGAGCGGUUUUGGAUGUCGAGGCGCUGGAGAUCACACCACGCGGAAGUGGUGCCGAGGUGAUCACUAGUAGGGGGAGGCCAUUAAAGAGAUUACUGCACUUCUUUAUUAGAGGGUUUUUCGUUGUUUUUGUAGAUUCGGGAGCUCUUCUGCUGCCAGACCGUCGAUCCUCGCCUGAGCGGAUCCGAAGACGGGAUAGGAGGGCCAGUGGAGAUGGAGACGACGAAGGGAAUUCGGAUCGAAAAGACGGGAUGGAGUCGCGCAGCGACGGGGUUUAGGGUGUCACAAGAAUGUGUUUGUUGUUCCGGAAGGUUGGUUAUAAGGCCUGGGCUUGGCAUGUCCUUUGAAUUCAAUAAGUCCGUCAUAUGCCACUUUCAGCACAGGGACCGAAGCAUUUGGAGGACACACGAGACACCAGCCUGACAUCUCACCACAGUUCGUGCCUUUGGCUCCCGCGCUAUCGCACGACUCGC